AUGGAGAUCUGGACGGACAAGGACCAGAUUCCAAUCAGUGUGAAGCCGCUGGACAUGCUGAAAGAUUUCUCUAAGUACCGGGCGCAGAGCAUCAAGCAGCACGCUGACGCUGUGCACCUCUUCUCGUAAGUGCUCUCUCCUCUCUGUUCCUCAGGGCCACCCCAUACUGUCUGCCCGUCUUUGUGUCUGUCUGUCUGUCUGUCUGUCUGUCUGUCUGUCUGUCUGUCUGUCUGUCUGUCUGUCUGUCUGUCUGUCUGUCUGUUUCCCUGUCUGUCUGCCUGUAUGUGUGUCUGUCUGUCUGUCUGUCUGCCUGUAUGUGUGUCUGUCUGUCUGUCUGCCUGUGUGUGUGUCUGUCUGUCUGUCUGUCGGCCUGUUUGUCUGAUAGUUACUCUGUGUCUCUUCGAUGCACAGCAAUGUGACCUUCCACUACAGCCGAAGCAGUGCAGCAUACUUCGGAGGCAUGUGCUCUGUGAGCCGUGGAGUAGGGGUCAACGAGGUGAGAUGUGCUGACUAAUGUCCAGGAUCAUACUGUUUUAUUAUGGCAGAGCAGACGAGUAACUGCUAAUGUUUUGUACCUGCAGAAUGGCAACACGUGGACCAUGGCUUCGUCACUCUCCCAGAGCUUGGCCCAGAACCUUGGCAUCCAGUGGGAUCCAGUCGCCAAGAGAAGUACAGAGACCGCCUCACAGAUUUAAAAAGCAGUCCUUUUUAGAAAUAUCUAAUUUUACAAUCUAUGUUUUUAAAUUUAGAAUAAUCUAUUUCUUUGAUGGAAACGUGUUGUUCUCUCUCACAGAGGAAUGUGGCUGCUCUGACUCCUGGGUGGGCUGCAUCAUGGAGGAUAAUGGGUAAUGGGCAACCACACUACUGUUAUUCUCACUCUCUCUGUUUCUGUCUCUAUGUCUCUCUCUCCCUGUUACAUGUCAUCCCCUCACACACACAUACACACAGACUGAUAUAUAUAGAGAGAGAGUGAGAGAGAGAGUGAGAGAGAGUGAGAGAGAGCGUGAGAGAGUGAGAGAGAGUGAGAGAGAGCGUGAGAGAGAGAAAGAGAAAGAGAGAGAGAGAGAGGAGAGAGAAUAUAACACUAUGAAGCAGAUGUUAUUAUUAGAGGUCCUAUUAGGAGAGAGAAUAGAUUAUUUCUACGGAUUUCUGUUGAGGGAAAUGUGUAUUGAUGAGCUGCUAACCACCUAGCACCCCAGACCCUCUCUAUGAGCUGCUAACCACCUAGUACCCCAGACUCUCUCUAUGAGCUGCUAACCACCUAGCACCCCAGACCCUCUCUAUGAGCUGCUAACCACCUAGCACCCCAGACCCUCUCUAUGAGCUGCUAACCACCUAGCACCCCAGACCCUCUCUAUGAGCUGCUAACCACCUAGUACCUCAUACCCUCUCUAUGAGCUGCUAACCACCUAGCACCCCAGACUCUCUCGAUGAGCUGCUAACCACCUAGCACCCCAGACCCUCUCUAUGAGCUGCUAACCACCUAGCACCCCAGCCUCUCUCUAUGAGCUGCUAACCACCUAGUACCCCAGACCCUCUCUAUGAGCGGCUAACCACCUAGCACCCCAGCCUCUCUCUAUGAGCUGCUAACCACCUAGCACCCCAGCCUCUCUCUAUGAGCUGCUAACCACCUAGCACCCCAGCCUCUCUCUAUGAGCUGCUAACCACCUAGCACCCCAGCCUCUCUCUAUGAGCUGCUAACCACCUAGCACCCCAGACUCUCUCGAUGAGCUGCUAACCACCUAGCACCCCAGACCCUCUCUAUGAGCUGCUAACCACCUAGUACCCCAGACUCUCUCUAUGAGCUGCUAACCACCUAGCACCCCAGACUCUCUCUAUGAGCUGCUAACCACCUAGCACCCCAGACCCUCUCUAUGAGCUGCUAACCACCUAGUACCCCAGACCCUCUCUAUGAGCUGCUAACCACCUAGCACCCCAGACCCUCUCUAUGAGCUGCUAACCACCUAGCACCCCAGACCCUCUCUAUGAGCUGCUAACCACCUAGCACCCCAUACCCACUCUAUGAGCUGCUAACCACCUAGCACCCCAGACCCUCUCUAUGAGCUGCUAACCACCUAGCACCCCAGACCCUCUCUAUGAGCUGCUAACCACCUAGCACCCCAGACCCACUCUAUGAGCUGCUAACCACCUAGCACCCCAGACCCUCUCUAUGAGCUGCUAACCACCUAGCACCCCAGACCCACUCUAUGAGCUGCUAACCACCUAGCACCCCAGACCCACUCUAUGAGCUGCUAACCACCUAGCACCCCAGCCUCUCUCUAUGAGCUACUAACCACCUAGCACCCCAGACCCUCUCUAUGAGCUGCUAACCACCUAGCACCCCAGACCCACUCUAUGAGCUGCUAACCACCUAGCACCCCAGACCCUCUCUAUGAGCUGCUAACCACCUAGCACCCCAGACCCACUCUAUGAGCUGCUAACCACCUAGCACCCCAGACCCUCUCUAUGAGCUGCUAACCACCUAGCACCCCAGACCCACUCUAUGAGCUGCUAACCACCUAGCACCCCAGACCCUCUCUAUGAGCUGCUAACCACCUAGCACCCCAGCCUCUCUCUAUGAGCUACUAACCACCUAGCACCCCAGACCCUCUCUAUGAGCUGCUAACCACCUAGCACCCCAGACCCACUCUAUGAGCUGCUAACCACCUAGCACCCCAGACCCUCUCUAUGAGCUGCUAACCACCUAGCACCCCAGACCCUCUCUGUGAGCUACUAACCACCUAGCACCCCAGACCCUCUCUAUGAGCUACUAACCACCUAGCACCCCAGACCCUCUCUAUGAUAGCAGGCUAAUGACAUGGCGUAUAGAACUGCAGCUGCAGCCACCAGAGGCGGUGCACGGCUCAGCUGUGUCUCAGGGUCAUGACCUGCGUUAGCAUGUGAAAAAUUACCCUGACGUCAUGCUUGUGUUUGUUGACAGUGGCUCUCGUUGCACACCGACCUGACGUGAAUAAUGUCUCCCACACCUCUCACUCUCACACACACAGUCAAUUAACAGUUGGAUGUUAAAGGUGGAUGUAUUCCUUUCCCCCCCCAAGGGUCCAGCAUCCCCGUAAGUUCUCCAAGUGCAGCAUCUCAGACUACAAGGAGUUCCUGCUGAAGGGCGGUGGAUCCUGUCUUUAUAACAGGCCAACCAAGGUGAGUAGGUCACGUUGUGGUCGUCGUACAAGCUGAACAUCAUAUAACCAGUAGUUCAGAGGACCGUUAUAACCCUCUGAUUCCGUUUGUUUCAGCAGCUGUUUGAAUCUACAGAGUGUGGGAAUGGAUACAUUGAGGUGGGAGAGGAGUGUGACUGCGGUGAUAAAGCAGUAAGUUACUAUUAAAUACUUGUUUAUUUACAUCUCAUUUAUAUGGUUCCAAUACAAGUGUCAGACCUGGUGGUGCCGUCUGGGUUGCAGGAGUGUUACAAGAAGGAGUGCUGCAAGAAGUGUUCCCUAGCUAAUGGUGCACAUUGUGCUGACGGACCUUGCUGCAACAAUACUUGUCUGGUAAGGGCUGUUUAGUCAGGUUGCUCACUAAUAAUCAGUAUGGCUUUUUAAUCAUUGUGUCAGGCUGCUCACUAAGAACCAGUAUGGCUUUUUAAUCACUGUGUCAGGUUGCUCACUAAGAAUCAGUAUGGCUUUUUAAUCAAUGUGUCAGGCUGCUCAAUAAGAACCAGUAUGGCUUUUUAAUCACUGUGUCAGGUUGCUCACUAAAAAUCAGUAUGGCAUUUUAAUCACUGUGUCAGGUUGCUCACUAAGAAUCAGUAUGGCGUUUUAAUCACCAGUAUGUUUUUUUGUUAGUGUUGCUUGAGAGACCUGAUAGAUUGGUACAGGAAAUCCCAGUCUCUUGUUCUCUCUCUCUAUGUCAGUUCUACCCACGCGGUUACAGUUGUCGCUAUGCGGUGAAUGACUGUGACAUCACAGAGACAUGCUCAGGAGACUCAGGCCAGGUGAGUUAGGCUCUAACCAUUCAUUUCUGAAAAAGGAUGAAAUGUUCAGCUGUGUUAAAAGGAAAUAUUUUCAUGUCGUUCAUUGUAGUGCCCUCCCAACCUCCACAAACAAGAUGGCUACCACUGUCAAGUCGACCAGGUGGGCAGCAUGAUCACUAAGCCACCACGACAUAUAUAAAUAAUAAUAUAUCUAUUCAGAUGAUGUGAAUUUAGAAAAGGAUUGUCACUAUAAACUUGCUUGAACAGAUAGGGAAUGAAUGAGUAUGCCCUGUGCUUCUACAUCUCCAUUGCUUGCUGUUUGGGGUUUUAGACUGGGCUUCUGUAUAAGCACUUUGUGACAUCUGCUGAUGUAUAAAAGGGCUUUAGAAAUAAAAUGUGAUUUGAUUUGAUUUUUGUAUCUUUAGGGGCGCUGCUACAGUGGAGAGUGCAAGACCCGAGGAAACCAGUGUAAAUACCUCUGGGGCCCAAGUGAGUUCACAAUCCCUCUUGCUUAAGUUGCUUUACUCAAUGCCAGUGCAGUGGCAAGAUAUGUAAUAAAAAAAAAGGCUGAGAAUCUGAGACUUGUACUUUAGUGAUAUUAGCUUGUUGUGAGGUGUAGGUCACCUUCCCUCUCUCCUCUCCUGUGUUAACUCCAUAUGCAGAGGCGGGAGGCGGUGAGAAGUUCUGCUAUGAGAAGCUUAACACAGAGGGAACUGAGAAGGGUAACUGUGGAAAGGAUGGGGAGAAGUGGCUCCAGUGCAGCAAGCAGUGAGUUCACCAUAAUACAAAAUAUACACCGGUGUACACUAGUCAUGCACUAUACCAGAACACAUACUAAUGUACUGCGGUACCUGUUCUACAUCCGUGACUGUCUCUGAUUCUCCCUCUGCAGCGAUGUGUUCUGUGGGUUCCUACUGUGCAGUAACAUUGGACGCAACCCCCGCAUCGGCAUGAUGAAGGGAGACGUCACUCCUACCUCCUUCAACCAUCAGGGCAGGCUGGUGGACUGCAGGUGGACACAACCUCCUCACCACACCUGUCAAUGCACAGAGACAACGUAAGGAUACUAACUCACCUCUAACCCAUAUCUAGUGGAGUCUCUGAUUAUAUAUAUCCUAGUAUACUCUCUACGAGCGCCUAUGUCUAGAUAUCGAGGCUUACUCUUCUCUAUCUGAUGGCUAUAUCUUGUCCUCGCUAUCCUUAUUCGUCUCUAUAUUAUCUCUAUGCUCUGCUUCUAUAUAUCUUAUCUCUAUGUAUCUCUCUCUUCCUCUCCUGUCUCUCUCUCUCUCCCUCCCUCCCUCCCUCCCUCCGUCUCUUUAUCUCUCUGGUCUCUCUCUCUUGUCUCUUCUCUGUCUCUCUGUCCCUCCCUCCCUCCCGCCCUCCCCUCCCUCCCUCCCUCCCUCCCUCCCUCCGUCCCUCUACAGUGGUGGCCAUGUUCUUUUGGACGAUGAGACUGACUUAGGCUACGUGGAGGACGGAACGCCCUGUGGGCCGUCCAUGAUGUGCCUUGACCACAAGUGUCUGCCCAUCCAGUCCCUCAACAUGAGUGCCUGCCCCAGUGGGCCCAACGGCCAGGUGUGCUCAUCCCACGGGGUGAGUCCAGGGGAGCUGCUUCACCCUCUAGGUUAGGGUUCUCCAACUGGUGGCCCGCGGGCCGAAUUUGGCCUAUGGUUGAAAAGAAAAAAAUAUAUAUUUCUAAAUAUUUUCUUUGUGGAAUUUUCAUUGUUGGACAUAAAAGAUUGUAAAAAAACAGCUCCAAUUGAUUUUAAUUUAAGAACUCUGUUCCCAAGUAUUCCCACGCAUAAUAGAGAGACACGACGUGAUCGUAUACAAAUGUAAGGUUUGAAAUGAUUAUGCUUUAGUCUGUUUGGGCUUCUUGCGGUCAAUGUGCAGUCUACAAAUGAUUUGUAAUUAUGUUCCUGCCCCCCGACCAUCUGCUACAGAAAGAAAUCGGCCCACGGCUGAAUCUAGUUGAUGAUCCCUGCUCUGGGUAUACCCAUAUAAAUAAUAAAAUAAUAUGCCAUUUAGCAGACGCUUUUAUCCAAAGCGACUUACAGUCAUGUGUGCAUACAUUUUUACGUAUGGGUGGUCCCGGGGAUCGAACCCACUACCCUGGCGUUACAAGCGCCAUGCUCUACCAAUUGAGCUACAGAGGACCACCCAUAUGAACCCAGCCCAUGACUGCAACCUUCAAGGCUCUGUUAUUAGCCAUAAGUGUCCACGAUGGCGUCUCCAAUGACACAGUGUCAGCAAGUGACGUAUUCACUGCAAUUUCAACAAUCGUGUAAAAUCCCCCAGCAUGCAGUAGCACUUGAGCCUGGGGACGAGUUUAACAAGUGUGAGGUGUUCAUUUGUCAUGGAGCACAGGUGAAUGAAUUCCUCCCUGCCGCCUCACUUCCGCCCUUUUGUCCCAACUGGCCAGGUGUGUAACAACGAGGCGACGUGCACCUGUGACCCCACCUGGGCGGGGACAGACUGCAGCAUGCCUGACCCCCCCAAGGAGCCCGCACCCACAGAAGAUGAAGGACCCAAGGGUUUGUUUCCAUCUCGUUUUCAGAACCUCUCCUCUCCAUGGUAGACUGACAUGCUUCCCUGAGUAGAAUCGUUCCAUUGACUUUUAGAUCACCUUUACGUCGUUAUUUUUCAAAUACCCUCUUCUGUCUGAAGAUCACAGCUACAUGUCACAGAACAUUUGUACAUGUCAAAGUGAAUGGUAGGUCAUUCAAGAUGGCGCUGGCUUUUAACUAGUGUGCCUUUUGACUGUUUUUCAUUUAUACAUGUUUUUUUAAAUCAUUUUUUAACUUUUAUUGCUGUUUUUAUUGUUUUUUGUUUGUUAUUUUAUGUCUGGUUUUAUUGCUCUUAUUGUUUUAUUGUUUUUUUUUAAAGUGCUAAUUGUAACAGCACUUUAAGCUGCUAUUGCUCGUAUGAAAGGUGCUAAACAAAUCAAUUUGAUUAUAAUCAUUAAUAUUAUUAUUAUUAUUAUGGAACAGGCACACAGAUACGUCUAAUGAUUCCCAGGAGAAUAGAGAAAGAUGUUCUAGUUGUGGCAUCUGAGAGAUCAUAUUGACAUCACCAUCAUCACAGAUAUAGACAUCAGGUUAGAGAGCAUAUUGACAUCACCAUCAUCACAGAUAUAGACAUCAGGUUAGAGAUCAUAUUGACAUCACCAUCAUCACAGAUAUAGACAUCAGGUUAGAGAUCAUAUUGACAUCACCAUCAUCACAGAUAUAGACAUCAGGUUAGAGAUCAUAUUGACAUCACCAUCAUCACAGAUAUAGACAUCAGGUUAGAGAUCAUAUUGACAUCACCAUCAUCACAGAUAUAGACAUCAGGUUAGAGAAGUCCGUGGAUUUCCCAGGGCAGGGUCCCCCAACUGGCGGCCCGCGGGUGGUUUUAUUUUGCCCACCAAGUUUUCUGAGGCCAAAUGUUCUUUUAAUAAAUGUUUUUUUUUUAGUUAAAAUUGUUGGACAUGUAAAAACACCAGGAAAUCAGUUCCAAUGUGGAGCGUGGCGACUAACAGGCUGAUAGGGGCAUUAGCAGGGAACAUUCUGUAGCGUGGCGACUAACAGGCUGAUAGAGGCAGUAGCAGGGAACAUUCUGUAGCCUGUGUGUGGCUGAGGGUCUCGUUACCAGGCCUGAGCCCGUGUGUGGCUGAGGGUCUCGUGAACUGGCCUGAGCCUUUGUGUGGCUGAGGGUCUAGUGAUCUGGCCUGAGCUUGUGUGUUGGCUGAGUGUCUCGUGACAGGGCCUGAGCCCGUGUGUGGCUGAGGGUCUCGUUACCAGGCCUGAGCCCGUUUGUGGCUGAGGGUCUCGUGAUCUGGCCUGAGCUCGUGUGUUGGCUGAGUGUCUCGUGACAGGGCCUGAGCCCGUGUGUGGCUGAGGGUGUCGUGACCGGGCCUGAGCCUGUGUGUGGCAGAGGGUCUAGUGACCCGGCCAUUAGCUCGUGUGUGGCUGAGGGUCUCGUGACAGGGCCUGAGCCCGUGUGUGGGUUGAGGUUCUCGUGACCCGGCCUGAGCCCAUGUGUGGCUGAGGUUCUCGUGACCCCGGACUGAGUCCAUGUGUCGGCUGAGGGUCUCGUGACCGGACUUGAGCCUGUGUGUGGCUGAGGGUCUAGUGACCCGGCCUGAGCCCGUGUGUGGGCCGAGGGUCUCGUGACCGGGCCUUAGCCUGUGUGUGGCUGAGGGUCUCGUGACAGGGCCUGAGCCCGUGUGUGGCUGAGGGUCUCGUGAACCGGCCUUAGUCCAUGUGUCGGCUGAGGGUCUCGUGACCCCGGACUGAGUCCAUGUGUCGGCUGAGGGUCUCGUGACCGGACUUGAGCCUGUGUGUGGCUGAGGGUCUAGUGACCCGGCCUGAGCCCGUGUGUGGGCCGAGGGUCUCGUGACCGGGCCUUAGCCUGUGUGUGGCUGAGGGUCUCAUGACAGGGCCAGAGCCCAUGUGUGGCUGAGGGUCUUGUGACCGGGCCUGAGCCCGUGUGUGGCUGAGGGUCUCGUGACCCGGCCUGAGUCCAUGUGUCAGCUGAGGGUCUAGUGACCGAACCUGAGCCCGUGUGUGGCUGAGGGUCUCGUGACCGGGCCUGAGCCCAUGUGUGGCUGAGGGUCUGGUGACCCGGCCUGAGCCCGUUUGUGGGCUGAGGGUCUCGUGACCGGGCCUGAACACGUGUGUGGCUGAGGGUCUCAUGACAGGGCCAGAGCCCAUGUGUGGCUGAGGGUCUUGUGACCGGGCCUGAGCCCGUGUGUGGCUGAGGGUCUAGUGACCCGGCCUGAUCCCGUGUGUGGGCUGAGGGUCUCGUGACCGGGCCUGAGCCCAUGUGUGGCUGAGGGUCUAGUGACCCGGCCUGAUCCCGUGUGUGGCUGAGGGUCUCGUAACAGGGCCUGAGCCCGUGUGAUUGGAUGUUUCAGUGUCAUGUGAUUGAUCGAUUGAUUCCCCUCUUCCCACCAUUUCCUGUUGUUCCCCCAUUAUUAUUAUUAGUCUCCCUCUUCUUAUUGUCCUUCUCUUCUUAUUAUUACUCCUUAUGUGGCUCCUCCUCUGAUCCUCUCCUUUUUGGGGCAUGGAGAGACCCCAGAGAUAGAGAUAGAGAUAGACCAUAGAGAUAGAGAUAGACCACAGAGAUAGAGAUAGUCCUCAGAGAUAGAGAUAGACCUCAGAGAUAGAGAUAUACAACAUAGAUAUAGAUAGACCUCAGAGAUAGAGAUAGACCUCAGAGAUAGAGAUAGACCUCAGAGAUAGAGAUAGUCCCCAGAGAUAGAGAUAGACCUCAGAGAUCGAAAUAGACUUCAGAGAUCGAAAUAUACCUCAGAGAUAGAGAUAGACCCCAGAGAUAGAGAUAUACCUCAGAGAUAGAGAUAGACCUCAGAGAUAGAGAUAGACCCCAGAGAUAGAGAUAGACCUCAGAGAUAGAGAUAGACCUCAGAGAUAGAGAUAGUCCCCAGAGAUAGAGAUAGACCUCAGAGAUCGAAAUAGACUUCAGAGAUAGAGAUAGACCUCAGAGAUAGAGAUAGACCCCAGAGAUAGAGAUAGACCUCAGAGAUAGAGAUAGACCUCAGAGAUAGAGAUAGUCCCCAGACAUAGAGAUAGACCUCAGAGAUCGAAAUAGACUUCAGAGAUAGAGAUAGACCUCAGAGAUAGAGAUAGACCCCAGAGAUAGAGAUAGACCUCAGAGAUAGAGAUAGUCCCCAGAGAUAGAGAUAGACCUCAGAGAUAGAGAUAGACUUCAGAGAUAGAGAUAGACCUCAGAGAUAGAGAUAGACCUCAGAGAUAGAGGUAGACCUCAGAGAUAGAGGUAGAGAUAGACCUCAUAGAUGGAGAUAGACUUCAGAGAUAGAGAUAGAUACCAGACAUGGAGAUAGAGAUAGAUCUCAGAGAUAGAGAUAGACCCCAUAGAUAUAGAUAGAUCCCAGAGAUAGAGAUAGAUACAAGACAUGGAGAUAGAGAUAGACUUCAGAGAUAGAGAUAGACCUCAGAGAUAGAGAUAGACCUCAGAGAUAGAGGUAGACCUCAGAGAUAGAGGUAGAGAUAGACCUCAUAGACGGAGAUAGACUUCAGAGAUAGAGAUAGAUACCAGACAUGGAGAUAGAGAUAGACCUCAGAGAUAGAGAUAGACCCCAUAGAUAUAGAUAGAUCCCAGAGAUAGAGAUAGAUACAAGACAUGGAGAUAGAGAUAUACCCCAGAGAUAGAGAUAGACCUCAGAGAUAGAGCCCAGAGAUAGAGAUAGACCCCAGAGAUAGAGAUAGACCUCAGAGAUAGACCCCAGAGAUAGAGAUAGACCUCAGGGAUAGUGAUUGACCUCAGAGAUAGAGAUAGAGAUCAGAGAUAGAGAAAGACCCCAGAGAUAGAGAUAGACCACAGAGAUAGACCCUAGAGAUAGAGAUAGAUAUCAGAGAUAGAGAUAGACCCCAGAGAUAGAGAUAGACCCCAGAGAUAGAGAUAUACCUCAGAGAGAGAGAUAGACCUCAGAGAUAGAGAUAGACCUCAGAGAUAGAGAUAGACCUCAGAGAUAGAGAUAGACCUCAGAGAUAGAGAUAGACACCAGAGAUAGAGAUAGAUAUCAGAGAUAGAGAUAGACCCCAGAGAUAGAGAUAGACCUCAGAGAUAGAGAUAGACCUCAGAGAUAAAGAUAGAUAUCAGAGAUAGAGAUAGACCCCAUAGAUAAAGAUAGAGAUAGACGCCAGAGAUAGAGGUAGACCUUAGAGAUAUACCCCAGAGAUAGAGAUAGACCUCAGAGAUAGCGAUAGACCCCAGAGAUAGAGAUAGACCCCAGAAAUAGAGAUAAACCUUAGAGAUAUACCCCAGAGAUAGAGAUAGACCUCAGAGAUAGAGAUAGACCUCAGAGAUAGAGAUAGAUACCAGACAUGGAGAUAGAGAUAGACCUCAGAGAUAGAGAUAGACCCCAGAGAUAGAGAUAGAUCCGAGAGAUAGAGAUAGAUACCAGACAUGGAGAUAGAGAUGGACCUCAGAGAUAGAGAUAGACCUCAGAGAUAGAGAUAGACCCCAGAGAUAGAGAUAGACCUCAGAGAUAGACCCCAGAUAUAGAGAUAGACCUCAGAGAUAGUGAUCGACCUCAGAGAUAGAGAUAGAGAUCAGAGAUAGAGAAAGACCCCAGAGAUAGAGAUAGACCACAGAGAUAGACCCCAGAGAUAGAGAUAGACCCCAGAGAUAGAGAUAGACCUCAGAGAUAAAUAUAGACCUCAGAGAUAGAGAUAGAUAUCAGAGAUAGAAAUAGACCUCAGAGAUAAAGAUAGAUAUCAGAGAUAGAGAUAGACCCCAUAGAUAAAGAUAGAGAUAGAUGCCAGAGAUAGAGGUAGACCUUAGAGAUAUACCCCAGAGAUAGAGAUAGACCCCAGAGAUAGAGAUAGACCCCAGAGAUAGAGAUAGACCUCAGAGAUAGAGAUAUACCUCAGAGAUAGAGAUAGACCCCAUAGAUAGAGAUGAACCUCAGAGAUAGAGAUAGACCUCAGAUAUAGAGAUAGACCUCAGAGAUAGAGAUAGAUACCAGACAUGGAGAUAGAGAUAGACCUCAGAGAUAGAGAUAGACCCCAGAGAUAGAGAUAGAUCCGAGAGAUAGAGAUAGAUACCAGACAUGGAGAUAGAGAUGGACCUCAGAGAUAGAGAUAGACCUCAGAGAUAGAGAUAGACCCCAGAGAUAGAGAUAGACCUCAGAGAUAGACCCCAGAUAUAGAGAUAGACCUCAAAGAUAGUGAUCGACCUCAGAGAUAAAGAUAGAGAUCAGAGAUAGAGAAAGACCCCAGAGAUAGAGAUAGACCACAGAGAUAGACCCCAGAGAUAGAGAUAGACCCCAGAGAUAGAGAUAGACCUCAGAGAUAGAUAUAGACCUCAGAGAUAGAGAUAGAUAUCAGAGAUAGAAAUAGACCUCAGAGAUAAAGAUAGAUAUCAGAGAUAGAGAUAGACCCCAUAGAUAAAGAUAGAGAUAGAUGCCAGAGAUAGAGGUAGACCUUAGAGAUAUACCCCAGAGAUAGAGAUAGACCCCAGAGAUAGAGAUAGACCCCAGAGAUAGAGAUAGACCUCAGAGAUAGAGAUAUACCUCAGAGAUAGAGAUAGACCCCAUAGAUAGAGAUGAACCUCAGAGAUAGAGAUAGACCUCAGAUAUAGAGAUAGACCUCAGAGAUAGAGAUAGAUACCAGACAUGGAGAUAGAGAUAGACCUCAGAGAUAGAGAUAGACCCCAGAGAUAGAGAUAGAUCCGAGAGAUAGAGAUAGAUACCAGACAUGGAGAUAGAGAUGGACCUCAGAGAUAGAGAUAGACCUCAGAGAUAGAGAUAGACCCCAGAGAUAGAGAUAGACCUCAGAGAUAGACCCCAGAUAUAGAGAUAGACCUCAGAGAUAGUGAUCGACCUCAGAGAUAGAGAUAGAGAUCAGAGAUAGAGAAAGACCCCAGAGAUAGAGAUAGACCACAGAGAUAGACCCCAGAGAUAGAGAUAGACCCCAGAGAUAGAGAUAGACCUCAGAGAUAGAUAUAGACCUCAGAGAUAGAGAUAGAUAUCAGAGAUAGAAAUAGACCUCAGAGAUAAAGAUAGAUAUCAGAGAUAGAGAUAGACCCCAUAGAUGAAGAUAGAGAUAGAUGCCAGAGAUAGAGGUAGACCUUAGAGAUAUACCCCAGAGAUAGAGAUAGACCCCAGAGAUAGAGAUAGACCUCAGAGAUAGAGAUAUACCUCAGAGAUAGAGAUAGACCCCAUAGAUAGAGAUGAACCUCAGAGAUAGAGAUAGACCUCAUAUAUAGAGAUAGACCUCAGAGAUAGAGAUACACCUCAGAGAUAGAGAUAGACUUCAGAGAUAGAGAUAGACCUCAGAGAUAGAGAUAGACACCAGAGAUAGAGAUAGAUAUCAGGGAUAGAGAUAGACCCCAGAGAAAGAGAUAGAUAUCAGAGAUAGAGAUAGACCCCAGAGAUAGAGAUAGACCUCAGAGAUAGAGAUAGACCUCAGAGAUAAAGAUAGAUAUCAGAGAUAGAGAUAGACCCCAUAGAUAAAGAUAGAGAUAGACGCCAGAGAUAGAGGUAGACCUUAGAGAUAUACCCCAGAGAUAGAGAUAGACCUCAGAGAUAGAGAUAGACCCCAGAGAUAGAGAUAGACCACAGAAAUAGACAUAAACCUUAGAGAUAUACCCCAGAGAUAGAGAUAGACCUCAGAGAUAGAGAUAGACCUCAGAGAUAGAGAUAGAUACCAGACAUGGAGAUAGAGAUAGACCUCAGAGAUAGAGAUAGACCUCAGAGAUAGAGAUAGAUCCGAGAGAUAGAGAUAGAUACCAGACAUGGAGAUAGAGAUGGACCUCAGAGAUAGAGAUAGACCUCAGAGAUAGAGAUAGACCCCAGAGAUAGAGAUAGACCUCAGAGAUAGACCCCAGAUAUAGAGAUAGACCUCAGAGAUAGUGAUCGACCUCAGAGAUAGAGAUAGAGAUCAGAGAUAGAGAAAGACCCCAGAGAUAGAGAUAGACCACAGAGAUAGACCCCAGAGAUAGAGAUAGACCCCAGAGAUAGAGAUAGACCUCAGAGAUAGAUAUAGACCUCAGAGAUAGAGAUAGAUAUCAGAGAUAGAAAUAGACCUCAGAGAUAAAGAUAGAUAUUUAGAUAGAGAUAGACCCCAUAGAUAAAGAUAGAGAUAGAUGCCAGAGAUAGAGGUAGACCUUAGAGAUAUACCUCAGAGAUAGAGAUAUACCUCAGAGAUAGAGAUAGACCCCAGAGAUAGAGAUAGACCCCAGAGAUAGAGAUAAACCUUAGAGAUAUACCCCAGAGAUAGAGAUAGACCUCAGAGAUAGAGAUAGACCCCAGAGAUAGAGAUAGACCUCAGAGAUAGAGAUAUACCUCAGAGAUAGAGAUAGACCCCAUAGAUAGAGAUGAACCUCAGAGAUAGAGAUAGACCUCAGAUAUAGAGAUAGACCUCAGAGAUAGAGAUACACCUCAGAGAUAGAGAUAGACUUCAGAGAUAGAGAUAGAACUCAGAGAUAGAGAUAGACACCAGAGAUAGAGAUAGAUAUCAGGGAUAGAGAUAGACCCCAGAGAAAGAGAUAGACCUCAGAGAUAGAGAUAGACCUCAGAGAUAAAGAUAGAUUUCAGAGAUAGAGAUAGACCCCAUAGAUAAAGAUAGAGAUAGACGCCAGAGAUAGAGGUAGACCUUAGAGAUAUACCCCAGAGAUAGAGAUAGACCUCAGAGAUAGAGAUAGACCCCAGAGAUAGAGAUAGACCCCAGAGAUAGAGAUACACCUUAGAGAUAUACCCCAGAGAUAGAGAUAGACCUCAGAGAUAGAGAUAGACCUCAGAGAUAGAGAUAGAUACCACACAUGGAGAUAGAGAAAUACCUCAGAGAUAGAGAUAGACCCCAGAGAUAGAGAUAAACCUUAGAGAUAUACCCCAGAGAUAGAGAAAGACCUCAGAGAUAGAGAUAGACCCCAGAGAUAGAGAUAGACCUCAGAGAUAGAGAUAUACCUCAGAGAUAGAGAUAGACCCCAUAGAUAGAGAUGAACCUCAGAGAUAGAGAUACACCUCAGAGAUAGAGAUAUACUUUAGAGAUAGAGAUAGACCUCAGAGAUAGAGAUAGACCCCAGAGAUAGAGAUAGACCCCAGAGAUAGAGAUAAACCUUAGAGAUAUACCCCAGAGAUAGAGAUAGACCUCAGAGAUAGAGAUAGACCUCAGAGAUAGAGAUAGACCUCAGAGAUAGAGAUAGACCCCAGAGAUAGAGAUAGACCCCAGAGAUAGAGAUACACCUUAGAGAUAUACCCCAGAGAUAGAGAUAGACCUCAGAGAUAGAGAUAGACCUCAGAGAUAGAGAUAGAUACCACACAUGGAGAUAGAGAAAUACCUCAGAGAUAGAGAUAGACCCCAGAGAUAGAGAUAAACCUUAGAGAUAUACCCCAGAGAUAGAGAAAGACCUCAGAGAUAGAGAUAGACCCCAGAGAUAGAGAUAGACCUCAGAGAUAGAGAUAUACCUCAGAGAUAGAGAUAGACCCCAUAGAUAGAGAUGAACCUCAGAGAUAGAGAUACACCUCAGAGAUAGAGAUAUACUUUAGAGAUAGAGAUAGACCUCAGAGAUAGAGAUAGACCCCAGAGAUAGAGAUAGACCCCAGAGAUAGAGAUAAACCUUAGAGAUAUACCCCAGAGAUAGAGAUAGACCUCAGAGAUAGAGAUAGACCUCAGAGAUAGAGAUAGACCUCAGAGAUAGAGAUGAACCUCAGAGAUAGAGAUAGACUUCAGAGAUAGAGAUAGACCUCAGAGAUAGAGAUAGACCCCAGAGAUAGAGAUAUACCUUAGAGAUAUACCCCAGAGAUAGAGAUAUACCUCAGAGAUAGAGAUAGACCCCAGAGAUAGAGAUAACCCUUAGAGAUAUACCCCAGAGAUAGAGAUACACCUUAGAGAUAUACCCCAGAGAUAGAGAUAGACCUCAGAGAUAGAGAUAGACCCCAGAGAUAGAGAUAGACCCCAGAGAUAGAGAUGGACCUCAGAGAUAGAGAUAGACCCCAGAGAUAGACAUCAGAGAUAGAGAAAGAUACCAGAGAUAGAGAUAAACCCCAGAGAUAGAGAUAGAUACCAGACAUGGAGAUAGAGAUGGACCUCAGAGAUAGAGAUAGACCCCAGAGAUAGAGAUAGACCUCAGAGAUAGAGAUAGUUCCCAGAGAUAGAGAUAGACCCCAGAGAUAGAGAUAGACCUCAGAGAUAGAGAUAGACCUCAGAGAUAGAGAUAGACCCCAGAGAUAGACAUCAGAGAUAGAGAAAGAUACCAGAGAUAGAGAUAAACCCCAGAGAUAGAGAUAGAUACCAGACAUGGAGAUAGAGAUGGACCUCGGAGAUAGAGAUAGACCCCAGAGAUAGAGAUAGACCUCAGAGAUAGAGAUAGUUCCCAGAGAUAGAGAUAGACCCCAGAGAUAGAGAUAGACCCCAGAGAUAGAGAUAGACAUCAGAGAUAGAGAUAGACAUCAGAGAUAGAGAAAGACCCCAGAGAUAGAGAUAGCCUCAGAGAUAGAGAUAGUUCCCAGAGAUAGAGAUAACCCUUAGAGAUAUACCCCAGAGAUAGAGAUAUACCCCAGAGAUAGAGAUACACCUUAGACAUUUGAAACCCCACCUCUUUAAGGAAUACCUGGGAUAGGAUAAAGUAAUCCUUCUACCCCCCCCCCUAAAAAAAAAUAAUUGUAAAGUGGUUAUCCCACUGGCUAUAGGGUGAAUGCACCAACUUUUAAGUCGCUCUGGAUAAGAGCGUCUGCUAAAUGACGUAAAUGUAAAUGUAAUAUACCCCAGAGAUAGAGAUAGACCUCAGAGAUAGAGAUAGACCUCAGAGAUAGAGAUAUACCCCAGAGAUAGAGAUAGACCCCAGAGAUAGAGAUAGACCUCAGAGAUAGAGAUAGACCACAGAGAUAGAGAUAGACCCCAGAGAUAGAGAUAGACCCCAGAGAUAGAGAUAGACCCCAGAGAUAGAGAUAACCCUUAGAGAUAUACCCCAGAGAUAGAGAUAGACCCCAGAGAUAGAGAUAGACCUCAGAGAUAGAGAUAGACCUCAGAGAUAAAGAUAGACCCCAGAGAUAGAGAUAGACCCCAGAGAUAGAGAUAACCCUUAGAGAUAUACCCCAGAGAUAGAGAUAUACCCCAGAGAUAGAGAUACACCUUAGAGAUAGACCCCAGAGAUAGAGAUAGACCUCAGAGAUAGAGAUACACCUUAGAGAUAGACCCCAGAGAUAGAGAUAUACCUCAGAGAUAGAGAUAGACCCCAGAGAUAGAGAUAGACCCCAGAGAUAGAGAUAGACCCCAGAGAUAGAGAUAGACCCCAGAGAUAGAGAUAACCCUUAGAGAUAUACCUCAGAGAUAGAGAUAGACCCCAGAGAUAGAGAUAGACCUCAGAGAUAGAGAUAGACCCCAGAGAUAGAGAUAGACCCCAGAGAUAGAGAUAACCCUUAGAGAUAUACCCCAGAGAUAGAGAUAUACCCCAGAGAUAGAGAUACACCUUAGAGAUAGACCCCAGAGAUAGAGAUAGACCUCAGAGAUAGAGAUACACCUUAGAGAUAGACCCCAGAGAUAGAGAUAUACCCCAGAGAUAGAGAUAACCCUUAGAGAUAGACCCCAGAGAUAGAGAUAUACCCCAGAGAUAGAGAUACACCUUAGAGAUAGACCCCAGAGAUAGAGAUAGACCUCAGAGAUAGAGAUAACCCUUAGAGAUAUACCCCAGAGAUAGAGAUAUACCCCAGAGAUAGAGAUACACCUUAGAGAUAGACCCCAGAGAUAGAGAUAUACCCCAGAGAUAGAGAUACACCUUAGAGAUAGACCCCAGAGAUAGAGAUAGACCUCAGAGAUAGAGAUAACCCUUAGAGAUAUACCCCAGAGAUAGAGAUAUACCCCAGAGAUAGAGAUACACCUUAGAGAUAGACCCCAGAGAUAGAGAUAUACCCCAGAGAUAGAGAUACACCUUAGAGAUAGACCCCAGAGAUAGAGAUAGACCUCAGAGAUAGAGAUACACCUUAGAGAUAGACCCCAGAGAUAGAGAUAUACCCCAGAGAUAGAGAUACACCUUAGAGAUAGAGAUAUACCCCAGAGAUAGAGAUAGAUACCAGACGUAGUGGUCUCAGUCUUUCUAUAACCUCUUACAGUACCUCCACCUGUACGCAAUAGGGCCCCUGAAAUUUAGACUUGACCUUUGACUUUACAAGCAAAGUGCUACAUCACAUACGAUUCACAAUCGCUACUACCACGGUAACAUAUAGUAGAAGGUCCUGAUAAGCAUGCAAAAAUAUACCAUACGUGAGGCGCUCAUGUCUUUCUCCCCCCCGUAACCCUUCGCAGGUCCUAGCGCCACCAAUCUUAUAAUAGGUUCCAUCGCCGGAGCCAUCCUGGUGGCUGCCAUAGUGCUGGGGGGGACCGGAUGGGGCUUUAAGUAA